AUGAGCGCACUCAGAAUAGCCUUCUUACUGGUCACACUUUAUGUGGUCGCUGAUGGAGCUAAUAAAACGUCCCCAGCAUUACCGGAACCUAAAAACUUCAAAUUUGAAGAUCAACCGUCACAAUCCUACGGUCUCAUAAGAUUUGAAGACCAAGAGUUUGAUGGCAGUCAGAAUACAAUCGAUGAGCAAAGGAUUUUCGAAACUGAUGGUUUCCACAAUAGGUUCCAGCAAUAUGAGAACCAGAACAUUGAGGGACAGAAGAUUAAAUUUGAAGAAGAUAAAAGAAAUGAAAGACCUAAUCAACAAAAGAAGAAACGUAGAAGAAGACCAAAGAGGUUGCCAAAUGGAGCUCAAGGUUUUAGGUAUCCAUCCCAGCAGUAUCCUGGAUCCCCUGUUUAUCCUGGCGUACCUAACUAUCCUGGUCCUUUAUUUGGGCCUGUACCAAUUUAUCCGGGACAGAGACCUUAUCAACCUUAUACACUUUACAAGCCUCGUCCCUCUGCCCCGUCAGCGGCCCUCUCAGCCGUGACAGAUGCCCUAACUUCCAUAGCAUUAUACGAUGACGCCCAAUGCGUACCCAGAAUGCUUUGUGAGGCGGCCGAAGGUGGAUCUAUCCCUGGAUCCGGGAUACUACAGUCUGUUGCUGGGCUACAACCACUGCUUACCUUACUCUCAGCCUACAACGGCAUCAGCUCCUCCCCACUCUUCGUGUUCGGCCGGGCCGUCUUCCUGGGCAUGACUUCCAAGGCUAAUCCUGGGACCUGUCGCUACGCCUACCCGCAGUGCCCCAACGAUCCUGAGCAGCUAGUCCACUAUUUGAACAACCAUAACGGAGGCUUCUUCAGGUUCUUCGCAGCCCCACAACAGAAUCAGCAGCAGGGACUAGAGCAGUUCUACAACCAGCUGUCAGGGCAGAAUUAUGGAUUGUAUCAACCACAACAACCCUCACAGCCUAACCAGUACCACAACCACAAUUUACAGCAAGGAUACGGUCUGCAGCCACAGAACCAGCAUUUAUACGACCAACAAUUCGGUCAAUAUCAUCAACAAUAUGUGGCUCAGCAAUAUCAGAAUCCUAAUUUCCAAGAUUAUGGUCUCCAACAACAAUUUCAUCAGAAUUAUCAAAUACCAAAUCCAUAUGGCAAUGGAUAUGGUCUGUAUGGCCAGAAUUAUCCUUACCAAAAGAGUCUUAACCAAAGCAGUUUUGACAACAGGAUCCAAAAGAGAAUACAAAAUGUACGAAACACUGUAAUCGUUAACGUCAGUUCUAAACCAAAAUGGUCUUUUCCUGAAUCUACAUCAAAAAGGGAUGUUUAUAGCAAUGUAAGCUUAGGUAAAGUUUUUAAUUUUCCUCAAAGUAAUGUGAACUCUAUCACUGCAGGUAAAGGUUUCGUUUUUCCUGGCAUUCAAAGUAACAGAGAAUAUCUGAUUGAUAGUAUAGAGGCAUUUGAUAAUGUUGAACAAAAGGGGGUUGAUGAUGUUAGGUUUUUUAGUCAGAAAAAUGAUGGAACUUUGAAGAAUGGUGGUGAUGGUGUCAAUAAUGAUGGCCUUAGAGUUUUCUAUGUAGUCAGGGGUAACGGAGAUCCGAAUCAUCCUGAAAUUGUGCGACUGGCUCCUGGUCAAACUUUGUAAUAUAUUUUUCAUAAAACAAAAAAAAGCUU